AUAGUAUUGAUCCUACAAGUCAAAGCAAGGGGUCGACUUCAAUCUGCCCUCUUAAUUCUCCCUCUCACACCAUCUCUGUGACUCCAGUCUCAACGGCAUACCUGUUGCUACCAUCUACUUUAAUUCUUUAUAUAUACCUAUUAUAUCCACACCUUCCUCCUUCAAUUUCCCCCCUCGCUCUGUGUACUGUUUGCUUUCUUCACCACUCAGAUCGAUCUGUUUUCAUCUAGUGCAGCCAUGGGAACGCAAGCUCAAACUCAACAAUUCUAUAGCGAUAACAAUAGCAACAGCAACGACAAGGUUGACAAUCGAACUGCAAGAGAGAAGGCAAUUGAUGAAUGGCUUCCAAUUACAUCCUCACGGAAUGCAAAAUGGUGGUACUCGGCUUUUCACAAUGUAACCGCCAUGGUUGGAGCUGGAGUUCUUGGUCUCCCUUACGCCAUGUCCCAACUUGGAUGGGGUCCAGGAGUAGCAAUACUAGUACUAUCAUGGAUUGUAACUCUAUACACACUAUGGCAAAUGGUUGAAAUGCAUGAAAUGGUACCUGGGAAACGAUUCGACAGAUACCAUGAGCUAGGCCAGCAUGCUUUUGGCGAAAAGCUUGGUCUUUACAUCAUCGUUCCACAACAAUUGAUCGUUGAAGUUGGCGUCAACAUCGUCUAUAUGGUCACCGGAGGAAAAUCCCUGAAGAAAUUCCAUGAUUUGGUUUGCAAAGAUUGCAAAGACAUUAAGCUCACAUACUUCAUUAUGAUCUUUGCUUCCGUCCAUUUUGUUCUUUCCCAUCUCCCCAAUUUCAAUUCCAUCUCCGGUGUGUCUUUGGCCGCAGCAGUCAUGUCCCUCAGUUACUCUACCAUCGCAUGGUCUGCUUCGGUGAAAAAGGGCGUGCAGCCAGACGUACAAUAUGGAUACAAAGCUAGCACGGUCACGGGGACGGUAUUUAACUUCUUUAAUGCAUUGGGUGAAAUUGCUUUUGCGUACGCUGGCCAUAAUGUGGUGCUGGAAAUUCAAGCCACCAUUCCUUCGACCCCUGAAAAGCCUUCGAAGGGUCCGAUGUGGAAGGGAGUUGUGGUUGCGUAUAUAGUCGUGGCCUUGUGUUACUUUCCGGUUGCUCUUAUAGGGUAUUGGAUGUAUGGAAAUGCCGUCUCGGAUAAUAUAUUGAUCAGUUUAGAGAAACCAACGUGGCUCAUUGCAAUGGCUAAUUUGUUCGUUGUGGUUCACGUUAUCGGAAGCUAUCAGAUUUAUGCGAUGCCGGUAUUUGAUAUGAUUGAAACCGUACUCGUCAAGAAAUUACACUUCACUCCAAGUUUUACGCUACGCUUCAUCACCAGGAACACAUAUGUUGCAUUAACAAUGUUCAUUGGCAUUUGCUUCCCAUUCUUCGGUGGGCUUCUUGGUUUCUUCGGAGGAUUUGCAUUUGCCCCGACAACAUACUUUUUGCCUUGCGUCAUUUGGCUUUCCAUCUAUAAACCGAAGAAAUGGAGCUUAUCUUGGAUCAUCAACUGGAUCUGCAUUGUAUUUGGAGUUGUUUUGAUGGUAUUGUCCCCUAUCGGGGGAUUGAGGCAGCUCAUCCUCGACGCUAAAACUUACGAAUUUUUCAAUUAAGAUGUCUUAUUUGAUCAAACAAGCCGAGGUUAAUUAACGUACAAUUAAUUAAGACCUUAAAAAAGUCGAAGAAGCUUGUGAUGAUAUGAUAUCUCUAUUUACAGGUCUAUAGAGUGUUAAUAGAAUGAGCUUGUGGGCUUUUAAACCCUUUCGUUUCGUUCAUUUCUACUUCACAUGUUUAUUAAAUUAUCUACAUUUCCACUUGAAUUUGGGACCGUGGUAUACACCUUCGCUUUUAUUAAA